AUGGAAACAAGCUUGAGGAAGUUGAAACUGGAAAGAACUCUCUCACUCCAAACUUGCUUCCCCGAAAACUUCUCUGCUCCGGGCUCGGGUACUUCCUCUGAUCAUUUCCCAGCCAAUGGCAUUGGCUCCGGCGGCAGCAACUGCUCCACUGCACAGCAUCAUAUUGUUUCGGUCCAGCUUUCCUACAGUGGGAACAUACCCAUUGGAGCAGAUUUAAGCACAAUACAGAAUGUAGCAGACCAAAUGACUUAUGAAGCACACAUACAUGCAAAAACUCCAGAUGCAAGGGGAGAAGCCAGCACACCUUCAGCUAAAAAUCUUACUAUGUAUGUGCCCUUAUACAAAGCGGCAUUUAGAGGAGAUUGGAAAAUGGCAAACGCAUUCUUCAAACAGCACCCCGAGGCACUUACUGCAAGGAUCACUAAAGGCUGGGAAUGUGCUCUUCACAUUGCUGCAGGAGCUAAGCAACUAAAAUUCGUGGAGGAGCUGGUAGAAUUGAUGGAUCCGCCUGCACUUGCUGCUCAAAACAAAUUUGGAAACACGGCUCUUUGCUUUGCUGCGGCAUCGGGAAUCACAAAGAUAGCACAAGUCAUGGUGGCAAAGAACAGUAACCUUCCGAUGAUUAGGGGCAGUAAAGGAGUUACACCCCUUCACAUGGCUGCUCUGCUAGGUCAGCAGGAUAUGGUGUGGUAUCUUCUUUCAGUUACUGAUCCUAAAUAUCUUACCAAAGAAGACUAUGUUAGCUUGAUUAUCGCAACUAUAAGUACAGAUUUAUAUGAUGUAGCCCUGCUUAUACUUCAGGACAAACCGGGGCUCGCCAUUGAACGCGAUCCAAAUGGGGAAACUGCUCUUCAUGUUUUAGCUAGAAAGCCAUCAGCAUUUUCAUCCAAAGAAGGGUUAAAUUUCUGGCAGAAGUGCAUAUUUCCAUUGGUCAGAGUGCACAUAUGGAGCAAAUCCAGCAUCAGAUCUAACAUGGCAGUGAAACAGAACAAGACAUGCAUACAAGGAUUGAUGGAUAAACUUGUUGGGAAAAUAGGAAUCAAAGAAGUAUCUGAGAAAAAGUUGAUGCGUCUGCAAGCCCUCAAGUUGUUGGAAUGCAUUUGGCAACAGAUCAUGUGUUUGGAUGACUCCCACAUUGGGAAGUUACUCAGAGGGCCCUCAAGACCUCUUUUUGUAGCUGCAGAAUAUGGAAACUUUGAAUUCAUUGUCCAGCUCCUCCGCUCCUACCCUGAUCUGAUCUGGAAAGUGGAUGAACAAAGCAAAAGCUUCUUUCAUAUUGCUGUCGUACAUCGGCAAGAGAGGAUCUUUAAACUCAUUUACCAAAUAGGAGGUCUUAAGGAUCUCAUCACCUCCUACAAAGCCACAGAUAAUAGUAACAUGUUACAUCUAGCAGCAAAGUUGGCACCCUCAAAUAGACUGAAUAUAGUCUCUGGAGCAGCCCUGCAAAUGCAGAGGGAGUUACUAUGGUUUAAGGUAAGGUUUGCAGUUUCAGUCAGGCACUUAUUUUCUGUAUCUCACAAAUAUCUUAUUUGAUCAACCAUUUAAAGGAGGUGGAGCAGAAUGUACAACCAUUGUAUAGGGAGAUGAGGGACUCGGAAGGAAGGACACCACAUAUGCUAUUCACUCAGGAACACAAGGCAUUACUCAAACAAGGAGAAAGAUGGAUGAAGGAUACAGCAUCGUCAUGCAUGCUUGUAGCUACACUUAUAACUACGGUAAUGUUUGCCGCCAUCUUCACAGUACCAGGUGGAACCAAAAAUGACACAGGAACCCCAAUUUUUCUCAAGGACAAGUCUUUCAUGAUUUUUUCCGUAUCUGAUGCACUAGCUCUCUUUUCAUCUGUGACAUCAAUACUGAUGUUCUUGUCAAUUCUCACUUCACGAUACGCAGAAGAAGAUUUCGUGAAAACAUUACCUCAGAGGUUGAUUCUUGGGCUUACGACGCUCUUCUUCUCCAUCGCGACAAUGCUUAUAGCUUUUAGUGCAAGCUUUUCCAUAGUUCAUGGUCAUCAACUUGCCUGGAUUAUCAUCCCAGUAGCAUUAGCUGCUUGCAUUCCAGUGAUAUUAUUUGUAUUUUCUCAGUUUCCACUUGUAGCUGAUAUGAUUCAUUCUACUUAUGGAUCAGGAAUAUUUGCAGGAAAUACAACAUCAGACAUUCUUUUCUAGGAUUAGCUCAGCUAAAAACUGUUGUAUGCAAUGAAAGGAAAUACAUAUUCAUUUUAUUCAUUUAGUUAUCAAAUAAAAAAUGAAAAUUUUUCAUUUUUAUUCGAUUGAAUCUUCAGUUUCCUUUUAAAUAGUUAUAUUCAAUUGUCAAGUGAUUAAUUUAAUCCAAAGUCUCAUCUGAUAAAUAAAGAAUAUAAUUAUAUCUCGACUAAUAAGCAGGUAUAACAUGUGAUAAAGAAGCAGUGUUCCUCUGGCAUUGAUCAAUAAGAUUGAAAGACCAUUUAUAUCAAAACCCUCAGGUAUAAGAUGUUAGUGAACCAGAAAUUAACAUCAUUAUAUCUAAAUCAAAGUAGCACAACUGUGCACAACAAUAAUUUAGACACCACAUUGACAAACCAAUUGAAAGAUAGAUGUAAAUGUACUUCGACAAGAUUGAGGGGCUUAAAAAGGAUACUACUUUUCUGAAACCAAAAAGGAAAAUGUGAGAACCCCAAAAUUGGUUGACAUUACUGCCGUAAGUAAACUGGCUAUAUCGAAUAUCCAGGAUCAGACUAGUAAGAAGUUCCUUGGAGAUGUGUGGACUUCUGUCUCUCAAUAAACAAGAAAGUUGCUAGUUGGAGUAUGGCAAAACUGAGGCACAGACGUUUGUACCUUUUCAGAAUACCAAGAUGCUGACACACAUCCUAAAGAACCCUUGUAACAUGUCUUGGUUGAGGAUGAUGUAUGUACAUUCUUUGAUCUAGCUAGCCACUUACCAGGUACUUGCGAGAGACUUCAUUUAUCAAACAAGAUCACAAAAAUAAUAAGGCCAUCAUGCAACAGAGGGCGUUGCAGGCUUGCAGCUUUUGGCUCAGCUCUUAUCUAAACCAAGUACAGAGAACAAACCACCAACCAAAAUUCAGAUGGAAACACGUUACAAACAGUUUCCAUUCAACUAAAUGACAAAAUUUAUGCAACAAAUUAAUAAUGUAAUGCUAUUUAUGCAUAUUUUAGGAAGGCAUGCAAACAAAAUGCCAGCUUUUUGGACUGGUUUAGGGUAAUAGCUGGGACAUAUAGCUUGACCAUCAGGGAGCAACCAGGAUCUUCUUGCGAAGGAGAUUCUCAAAUUUUGCAGGUCAGAUCCCUGAACCAUUGAGAUUUGAUUCAAGUAGUUUUUUUUCCUAAAGAUAAUUACAAACCCCACCAGCGCUCAAAUUGUUAGAUUUCUAUAGUAGUGAGCAGCAGUGAGAGGCCUACGGAUCAUUAGCUAGGGCAAGAACGCACGUGACCUGCAGUUUCUAUGUGAUGAUGGCACUAUAACCAGAUUAAUCAAAAUCAUUCCAUGUGUUAGAUGGCCUGAUCCUGAGACGGGCCAGAUGUUUUUGUGUUUUGAAGGCAACAAUUAUCUUUUAGCUUUGCUUUAAGCAUCUAUAGCAACUCACACCAUUAACUAGACACAAACUACACAUAUAUAUAUAUAUAUGUAUAUAUAUACACGGAAAAAUAAGUUGUAUAUCACCAGAAAAAUAUUCGGAUGGGGUACAUCCUAACAGAAUGUGCAAUCAAGAUCAAUUUGUUCAAGAUAUUUACAAGAGUUAGUUUUAAACGGAGUCGAGAGCUGACAGAGUCAAUCACCUACAGUUCCACUGCUUAAUAAAAUGAACAAGUUCAGACAUGUGCAUGAGUUACAGCAUGAUAGGGUUGUGCACAAAUUUUCCAGGUGCUCAUAUUCUCAGAUGGCAGAAAAAAAGCUUAUACAUAACUUUGAGAAUCUAGCUGAAAGUUUGGAGAUUGAAAUCAAAACCUACAAAGCCAAACCAACACGGUGUAUCCCUUUCUAUGGUGAAAACCCCCUGUCUGCCCCCAAAAAGGAAUCAUGUUUUCAAGUCUGCACAGUUCAAGCCUAAAAUGCAUUUGAUAUUCACCAUACGGAAAAAAAAAAAAAAAAAAGAAACUCUAUUUCCAUGUUUGAGCAACCAUAACAUGCGUGUCAUUAAGAUACAUUUUCAUAUUACAUUAUCAGCAAUAAUAGCAAGUCAUCUCAGAGCAAAAGCCAAAUACUACUUCAUCUAAAUGGGGAAAAAAAAAACAUUCUUAUAUAACAGUUUAGGACUAAUUAAAAAAAAAAAAUUAAUAAUAGAGCCUAACCCUUUCUUUCAAUCUGGCUUCUUCAAGUUCAAGCUGUUGUCCGUAGCUUCUCUGAACAGCUCCUGCACAAGUUUCAACUCCUUCUCGGCCUCUUCCAGUUGCUUCUGAAGUUCUUGCCCAACAGCAUCAUUUUCAGCCUGAAGCUCUGCAAUCCUCUUCAACUGAGCUUCUUCACCUCCUUCCGACAACGGAAGUGCAUUAACCAACGUAUCAAACUGCUUGGCAGCCUUGACAAGAGCAGAACUCAUCAGCUUCGCUUGCUCGGGGAAAUUGGCCGCAUCUUCUGCGGUGGUGGUAGCCGGAUUCGAAGGUGGGUCUGGGUAAUCUGGAGAAAGCUUCACCGGAGGAGCAUCCCUUUGAAGGGUUCCAAACGUAUUGAAGGCUAAUUCUGAAAUUACGUUCAAUUGUUCUUGCAAUUGCGAUAUGAUAUCCAUCUCAAAAAAAAAAAAAAAAAAGCUGAGACCUUUGAGAUUGGAAGGAUUCAAAAGGGUUUCAAAAUUAUGUCCUGAACUGGAUUCAAGAAUCCCUCUAACUGGGCAAUUGAUUUGGUGUAAGCUUAAGUGUUUCAGAUCCUUGUUUAUGGAGUAAUUGAGGGACGAAAGCUGGAGAAGGAGAAAAAUUAAACGGUGGAGAGAACUGGCUCUGGAACUGGAAGCCUCCAAAGAACAAAAGAAACUUCUAUUUAAAAAAG